CCGCGAUACUACCAUAACUUUCAAACAAACCGAAACCGUGCCAUUUACCGCUUUUCGUAUUCUGUUCUAGUGCUCAUCCUGAUUAGCCCUGGAUUUGAAUCUGUGGUCGAACUGCAGUAUCAUUCCCUGAUAGAAUCUCAGCGAUCGGCCUUUGCUUUGAUAUUGCCUUCAAGGUCACGAUUUCGAAGAUGGCAACACCUGCCCAGAUGAGGAAGCAACAAGAGCUUCAGACAACUUAUCAAAAUUACAAGACGACACUGGAAAACAUCGCCCGGAAAAUUGGCGACGUUGAGGGAGAGACAGAAGAGCACAAACUCGUGCUAGAGACACUAGAACCACUACCAGGAGAUCGGAAAUGCUUCCGUAUGAUCAACGGUGUUCUGACUGAGCGGACGAUCGAAGAAGUUGUGCCCAUCUUGAAGACGAACUCUGACGGCUUGAAGAAGACGCUAGAAGAACUCGUCAAGCAGUACAAGUCCCGGCAGGAUGAGAUGGAGAAGUGGAAGAAAAAGAACAACGUUCAGGUCGUUCAAAAGCCCGAGUAGAAGAGAUCAAGUGCUACUCAAGCGGUCAGCCUUUGAUGGGACGGGGGCACAACGUAUGCUCGAGUCCACAUGGUCUCGCGCAGCGGAACACGACAACAAAGUUAUGACAACUAACGAUCAAGACCUCGAGGGAUGAACCCUGGUGGUGUCUGAGCACUCUGAAUCAUCUCUCUACGCAGCUUCAACACUUCAGAGCUUCUUGCAGGAGAACGAACCUUCUUCAAGACUCUGACUCUACGUCAUGCAGUAACAGACUCACAAGGAGUCUUACAGCUCAGCUGUCACAAUUAGAUAGAUCAGUAUAGAUGGCCUUCGUCAUAGCAGACUUCAAUAUACAAUGUCAGGAGCGUCAUUGACCCAU